AUGCUUCGCCUCGCUAGAAAGGGACUUCAGCACGGAAUCGUCAGAUCCUACGCAAAGGAUGUGAAGUUCGGAGCCGAAGGACGCGCCGCCAUGCUCGUCGGAGUCAACCUGCUCGCCGAUGCCGUCUCUGUGACUAUGGGACCGAAGGUUUGUCGCUUUUUCUCUAGACUUUUAGGGAAAAUCCUAAAUUUUUCACAUAUUUUUUUUUACUUUGCAGGGAAGAAAUGUGAUCAUCGAGCAGUCGUGGGGAAGCCCGAAGAUCACCAAGGACGGAGUGACAGUCGCGAAAUCCAUCGAUCUGAAGGACAAGUACCAAAACUUGGGAGCUAAGCUUAUCCAGGAUGUAGCCAACAAGGCGAACGAGGAAGCCGGAGACGGAACCACUUGCGCCACUGUUCUCGCACGUGCCAUUGCGAAGGAAGGAUUCGAGAGCAUCCGACAGGGAGGAAACGCCGUCGAGAUUCGUCGCGGAGUCUUGAACGCCGUCGAAGUCGUUGUCGCCGAGCUGAAGAACCUUUCGAAACAAGUGACGACCCCGGAGGAGAUCGCCCAGGUUGCCACCAUCUCCGCCAACGGAGACACCGUUGUCGGAACUCUGAUCUCUGAUGCGAUGAAGAAGGUCGGAACUACCGGUGUCAUCACUGUCAAGGACGGAAAGACGUUGACCGACGAGCUCGAGCUCAUCGAGGGAAUGAAGUUCGACCGAGGAUACAUCUCGCCGUAUUUCAUCACUUCGGCCAAGGGAGCCAAGGUCGAGUACGAGAAGGCUCUCGUUCUGCUCAGCGAGAAGAAAAUCAGCCAGGUUCAAGACAUCGUCCCGGCUCUCGAGGUCGCCAACAAGCUCCGCAGACCACUUGUCAUUGUCGCCGAAGACGUCGACGGAGAGGCUCUGACCACUCUUGUUAUCAACAGACUCAAGGUAUGUGUGUACUCGUGAUGCAUUUGAUGACAGUUGAUAGAACCUGUUAUUGACGUUUAUAGCGAUAGCGCACUGAGAAUUACAACAACAAAAAAGGGUUUUAUUUACAGGUCGGACUCCAAGUCGUUGCUGUCAAGGCCCCAGGAUUCGGAGAUAACCGCAAGAAUACGCUCAAGGACAUGGGAGUCGCCACCGGAGCCACCAUCUUCGGAGACGACACCAACCUCAUCAAGCUCGAGGACGUCACCGCCAACGAUCUUGGAGAGGUCGACGAGGUCACGAUCACCAAGGACGACACCCUGCUCCUCCGCGGACGUGGAGACCAGGCCGAGAUCGAGAAGCGCAUCGAGCACAUCACCGACGAGAUCAAGCAAUCGACCAGCGAUUACGAGAAGGAGAAGCUCAACGAGCGACUCGCCAAGCUCUCCAAAGGAGUUGCCGUUCUUAAGAUCGGAGGAGCUUCGGAGGUCGAGGUCGGAGAGAAGAAGGAUCGUGUGACUGACGCUCUCUGCGCCACCCGCGCCGCCGUCGAGGAAGGAAUCGUGCCGGGAGGAGGAGUUGCUCUCCUUCGUUCGCUGAACGCUCUUAAGUCCUACAAGGCCGCCAAUGAGGAUCAGCAGAUCGGAGUAAACAUUGUCAAGAAGGCCCUUGUUCAGCCAAUCUCGACGAUCAUCAGAAACGCCGGACUCGAGCCGUCUUCCAUCGUCGACGAGGUCGUCGGAAACAGCAACACGGCCUACGGAUACGAUGCUCUCAAUGGAAAGUUCGUCGACAUGUUCGCCGCCGGAAUCAUUGACCCGACCAAGGUAUUUGCUGUUUGUUGCCAUGUUUAACUGAAAUCGUAUCUUUCAGGUCGUCAGAACCGCUCUUCAAGACGCUUCUGGAGUCGCCUCUCUUCUCGCCACCACCGAAUGUGUAGUGACGGAAAUUCCGAAGGAGGAGCCAGCCGGUCCAGCCGGAGGCAUGGGAGGAAUGGGUGGAAUGGGCGGUAUGGGAGGCAUGGGCUUCUAA